AUGCAUUUUGCUGAUGUUGAUGAUGAUGAUGAUGAUGAUGAUGGUGUUGUCGUUGUUGAUUUGGUGGUUGUAGUCCUCAUCUCAUUGUUUCUCCGUCCCACUCACUCCCGAAAUACCCGCCACCCAAUAUUUGUGUCUGCAUGUGUGUCUGUGUGUGUCAUGCAUGUCCUUUUAUCUUUGUCUACUCUUAGUUUGGCUAAGGCUUUAGUUGGUUACUCAAUAUGGGCAAUGGUUGUCACAGUUGAUAGUGUUAGUAACAUUACUGCUGGCUUAAGUUCAAGAAGCUUGAGACUUUUUUGGGUGAACAGUUAUUUUUUACUGUUACUGAAAGGUUUUUUUUGCAGACAAGUAUCAAGUAGCUUGACGGCUCCGCCGUCGGCUACGGUAAUCGAGGCAAAUGGCAAAUUGCUUUUACCAGCAGGUAUCGAUGUGCAUACUCAUUUCUCAGCACCAAAUUGCGUCGACAAUUUCGAAGUAGGAUCUAAAGCAGCACUUGCUGGUGGAACUGCUACGGUUGUUGACGCAGUUCUACCUACUGAAGGAGAGUCGUUACUGUCGGCUUAUGAUCGUGUACGAAAGGCAGGAGAGGCUCAAUCACUUUGCAAUUUCGCACUAAGCGUUGUAAUUGUAAAGUGGGACGAUUCUGUAAAGAAAGAGAUGAGCAGAUUGGUCAAGGAUAAAGGUGUAAAUAGUUUUAUAAUCGAUAUUCAUUCAGAUGAUGGCCUUUAUCAGGCUUUUGAACAUUGUAAGACUCUUGGAGUUCUUGCGCGUAUUUUCCCAGAGAACAAAAACAUUGUCUCGCUGCUCGAGAAGAAAAUGCUCGCUCUUGGAGUCACUGGACCCGAAGGCUACUUGCAAGCGAGACCCGAAAUGUUAGAAGCAGAAUAUAUCGACCGAGCUUCGAUCUUAGCUCAGCUGACUAACUGCCCCUUAUCUGUCGUUGGUCUAUCAUCAAUUGAGGCCCGCAAUGCAGUAAUGCGUUCGCGCUCGAAUUCUCUCUUAUUCCCAGAAGUUGCUGUGGCUGCUUUAGCUUCUGAUGGUACUCAUUACUUUAAUAAAUGUAUCCAACAUGCGUCUGCUCAUCUUACUAAGUCUCCACUGCGUUUGGAUCCAAGAACCUCUUCACUUCUUGUGGACUGUUUUGCGAGUUGCCCGUUGUGUGUUUGCGUGUCAGAUCAUUGCGGCCAUCGUGAGCGGGGGUCUGGAGAUUUUACUCAUCUUGCACUUGGUGUGGCUGCUGUGGAGGAACGCAUGUGUGUCUUGUGGGAAAAGGCAGUUUAUUCUGGGCGUAUCGACCCAAUGAGAUUCGUUGCUAUAACUAGCAGUAAUGCCGCGAAAAUGUUCAAUCUCUACCCGAAGAAGGGCAGAAUUGCUGUUGGGGCAGAUGCUGAUCUUGUUGUUUGGGACCCGAACAUGAAACGAAAGUUCUCAGCAAAAACGCAGCAGUCACGAAGUGAAUUUUCUAUAUUCGAGUCACAGUCGGUGCAUGCUGGUCCUGUUACUACAAUAUGUGCUGGACGUGUAGCAUUUAAUUCCGGCAAAGUAUGCUUCAUGGAAUUUAGUUUAGUGUUCUUUUUUUUCUUUUUGCUUAAUUUAAAAAUUGCUAUGAAUACAAUUUUUAAAGCACGAUACGGAACAUGGCAGUUUCAUUGCACUAACACCACAUUCGCCUUACAUUUAACAUCUGCUGAAAAAGUUGACCGUGGUGACCAGUCUAAUGGGUCUUCUCGAUCACGAGACUCACCAGCGACCAAUGUCUCGAUGGGUCGUAAUCAGUUUGAAUCGUCGUUUUCUCCUUCAGGAUCUCAUAUGGAAGAUGGUCGAGGAGUGCGAGUCUCGACAAAAAUAAUCAAUCCUCCUGGUGGACGUUCUACUGGAUUUUGUGCUGUGGGUGCCGAUCUAGAACUUCCAAAAAACAUCGAAAAGACGGUGGAUGCUAAAGGUUGCUAUGUUAUGCCAGGCGGUAUUGAUCCGCAUACGCAUUUGCAAGCACCGUUUAUGGGUCAAGUUUCUUGCGACGACUUUAACAUUGGAUCACAGGCUGCAUUGGCAGGAGGCACAACUAUGGUACUGCUGAAACUAAAUUAUUUCACAUUUUUUCUAUUGAUCUGCGGUUGAUA